AUGGCCGCUGCUCCCCGGCGUAGAAAGCUCAUCGGCCAACGACGCCGAGUCGAGGACGAGGGCGACGAAGAGGGCCGUCCGGAGGCGUUGGAACUCGACGACGACUCCCUGACUGAAGGCUCCGCCGUCUCGGACGACCACGAUGGCGCUGACGAUAGCGACACCAGCAACAUCGAUGAGGUGUCGCCCACCUCGCCCAACGCACGCAAGUCCGCCAACGGGUCCGCAAAGGGGGCUGGCCACAGGGCCGCCAAGGCUGCCGCUCAGGGGGGUGGGAAGAAGUCUGUGUCGGACACGGAGCUGACGCUUCACGGGCUGUCCAUUGCGGAUCAACCGGACUCUGACUCUGCACAAGAGGCACCGGUGGACGAGGUCUCGGUCUCGUCACCCAAGUCGCCCUCUGCCCCCGUCAUCGUCAGCUCCUCGUCUACCGCGCGGCCUCAACAGGGCAAUCGACGUCGACAGGAACACGAAGAUUACAAGCGUCGGAGGGACGAGGAUCCGGCCUUUGUGCCCAACCGGGGGUCGUUCUUCAUGCACGACCAUCGGCAUCCGGGACCGGCUGCGAAUGGGUUCAGGCCGUUUGGGAGAGGCCGAGGCAGAGGUGGCGGCCGAGGUGGCGUGGGGGGACCGUAUUCCCCAGCCAACCAGCUACACCACCCCGCCGACCCUACUACAAACUCCCAAUGGACGCACGACAUGCACGAGACUGUCGCAGACGUGAUUCCACGUCGCCCCCGGCAGCCGCCUCAAGAAGAGGGACCGCCCAACGGCACUGGUUUCAUCCCGACGUGCGAGCCCAGUGCUACUCCGAUUAAUAGGACCCUAUCGACUGAGAAACAUAUCGGCAAUGCCCAAGUUCGGGUCAUCCUGCCGGAGACGACGACCCCCAAGGUCUUUCCCGGCAUUCCUGUCAAGCAAUACACAAAACUCCCUGACCAUCGCCCGCCUCUGCGCAGGGACAAGCCAGUGCGCAUCUCGUUGCCAAACCACCCCCCGCGAUACAUAUUUCCUGCCCCGGAUCGAUCAUUCACAUUCAUUCCCCGCGCGCUACGACCCAACCAGCAGCGACUUCGAGGUAGACCUCGUUCCUCCUGGGGCUCCGUCGGCGGCUUUUCUAGGAGAACGAGCUUGUUUGGCAGCUACUAUGGCGGAAGUAUCUAUUCCCCUAGUGUUGCUGUCAGCAGGCGUUCAUCCAUCGUAUUGCACGAUAGAGACGGCGUUUUUUCGCCCACCGGAUCCAUCAUCUCUCGCCCUGCGCUUCAGACUGAUAACAGGCCUGUAGUCCGCCUUCCUCCGGCCCCGCAAACAUUCGUCCCCGCUAUGGGAGUGGAGGAACCGGCAGGCCCGUCUCAAUUCAUGGUAGGUGGGCAGGAGACAUCUAUCGGAGAUAUCCCCCAACCGCAAUCGUACCCUCUUCCACAGAGGCCCAACUUCCAGGAGAAUUUCCCGUCUUCAAUCCCUAUGCACCAGCCUCGCCCCCAGAAGAACAUCUCCGUCGCGGAUAUAGAAUCUCCUACCAUGACGCAGAAUGCCUCAGCCUUCCAGCAGGCCUUCCAUCAGCAAGUUCCCCCGCAGAUGGCAAACGGAUACCAGGAUUCGCACGCACGUCGUCCUUCGUAUCCGACUCAUGUCUCGACGGGCACCCCACUGUCCCAGAUUCCGGAGCGAGCCAUACAUGCGGCGCCCUUCCAGCCUCAGCCCAAUGCGUAUGGCCAGCCCGCUUUCUAUGGCCAGCAGCAGCCGUAUCAACCACAUCUUCAGCAGGCAUACUACUAUCCUCACGGCUACUCUGGUCCUAGCAUGCCCGCCUCUGCCGUCACUGCACCCCCGUUUGUCCCUCAAGGGCAGACGGGCAUGGCAGGAAGCUUUACGCCCCAGAAUCAGGUUGAACAGGCCGCUGUCGGCAUGGCAGGGCCACCCACAAACCUCGUGGCCCAAGAGGCCAAUGGUAUGGUUUACUAUUAUGAUGCUUCUCAGCUACCUUCGGUAAACCCUUACCAACCGUACCCUGCCUCGCAACCGUAUCAACCCAGCGUAAUGGGCAUGGGCGGCAUGGUGACGCCCAGUCCUGACGGCUUCUACUAUCCCCAGCCUGCGCCGGGCAUGGUCUACUACUCACAAUAG